AUGUUGGUUGUUAUGUGUGGCGCAGUGGGGCCAUUGGGCGCGGGCCACCGAUGCGAGGUGUGCGGCAAGUUGCUGUCGACGCGGCUGACGCUCAAGCGGCACACGGAGCAGCAGCACCUGCAGCCGCUGCACUCGGCGCGCUGCGGCCUGUGCCACAAGGUGUUCCGCACGCUCAACUCGCUCAACAACCACAAGUCCAUCUACCACCGGCGCCAGCGCGGCCCGCCGCCGCAGACGCAGCCGCAGAACCUCACCACGGCCGACGCCAAGCUCGCCCCGCUGCCGCACCCCCACAGCCUCGACUUCUACAAGUUCAAAGACCAGUUCAACGUUUAA